UAAUUUAUUUUUUUAUAUGUAUAUAUAAUGUUAUACACGCCCUAAGUCUCUGGAAGUAAAGAAAAGACUUUUGCUGACGUUUAUAUAGGGAUACAUCGGGAGUGACCGGACGAACUAACUUUUUGCCAACUCAACGUAACUACAUGUUAUGCAUCGGUGAUUUUAUAAACAGCCAGGUGACUUCCCCGCACCACGACGUACGGACCAAUCAUCGGCUUUGUUGAGUUUGGUUGCUAAUUGCUUUGUGGCCAGGUAUUGAAUCGUCAUUCAAUUCGGAAUUUUUUUUGAAUGAGUAUGUUCCCUCCGUAGCUCUUUAAAGAUGAUUGCAAACGGCAGUAAAAAGAAGAUGUCUAUAUUGUUGACCGUUCUGGUUAUCUUCUUGUCGUUUGCCGUAAAGAGUGGAACAGCAGAUUGCGAUCCUAAUCAUGUCGAGGCAGUUGGAAUGGUGUCUAAAUUGAUUACUACAGCACAAUUGCAUGCAUCUUCAUCCUCCGAUGGUUACCUCCCCUUUAUGGCAAGAGUCGACGGCCCAAAAUCUUGGAUGGCAAACGCAAAUGAUGCAGAACCAUGGUUUUAUGUUGACUUUUCGACAACAUUGCAACUGGUGGAGUUAGAGACACAAGGUUCACCAAGGUCUGACCAAUGGGUGAUGUCAUUUACAAUAUCGUAUGCAAAUUCAAGCGGAAUAUUCAAGAACGUUAUGAACCAAAGUCAUAAUGCAGAAAUCAGGGUGUUUCCUGCAAAUACUGAUCGUACUACAAAAGUCAAAACGGUGCUUCCAGAAGAAAUCUCAGUCCGUUAUCUUCGCAUCCAUCCCAAAACGUGGUCGGGUAGGCCUGCUUUAAGGCUGGAAUUCUUCGGCUGCUAUUCAACUUGUACCUCUCCGGGCCCUUUGCCAUUUCUGGACAGCCAAAUUACGUCGCCAAACGAAAUGUCGUCAAGCUAUUCAGCUAGACAUGCCAGACUCGAUGAUCCUCAAGGAUGGCAUGCAUCAAGUGGCUCGACCGGAUUGCUGAAGAUAGAUUAUUUACGACAUACAACUAUUACGGGGCUUAAAGUACAAGGGGCCACUCCCUAUGGGACGUGGAGUCCGUCGUAUACAGUUCAAUACAGUAAUGAUGGAGAAAAUUUUAAAAGUUACGUAGAAUCUGGAAGUGAAAAGACCUUUUCAGGCCCAGGAAGUACCACUACCAUCGUUGAAAGACCUUUCUCACAUCCUAUAUUUGCAAGAUUCUUACAAAUUUCGGCGGCACCGCCCUCAGGACCUUAUCCCUUUCCCGUUUUAAGAAUAGAAGUUCAGGGCUGUGAUUCUACGGAUGACUGGUUCAGUGGAAUGCCUCUUGGCAUGUCCAAUAAACUCAUUUUGGACUCCCAAUUGAAUGUAUCGUCCUCGAUGUAUUACACAUCCGGUGCCGGCAAUGGAAGAAAAAAUGGACAUGGUGGUUGGAUAGCAGCGGACGGUGAUAAAAACCCUUGGUUUCAAGUAGACUUCAUCACGAACGUGACUGUGAGCAGACUUGACGUGGAGGGGUUGUCCGGCACUGCGGAUGGUGUCACGAAAUACACAAUUGCGUCUAGUGAUGACGGCAAGGUUUUUUCAGUCUACAAGAAGGUCGAACAACAAACAGAAAAGGUAUUCAUUGCGGGCAUUCAAUUUAUUUUCCCCCAUAUCUUCGGGCGCUUUAUUCGCAUUCAACCAAAGGAAUGGAAUGGUUUAUGCGCGAUUAGAGUGGAAUUUUAUGGUCGAUACGAAGGAUGCGGGAACCCAAAAGCACUCGGCAUGGCAAGUGGGGAGAUAUCCGAUCGCCAGUUAACUGCCGCAAGCGAAGCAAGUGGCGCGCCUGCAAUUUACGGUAGACUCGGCGGAAAAGUUGGUUGGAGGGGUGAAGGAUCAAUAUCAAGUUUUGACGACUGGUAUCAGGUGGAUUUUGUAAAACGUGCUAAAGUGACUGCGAUAAAGAUGGAAGGAGAAGUAUCAUCUUCUUUUAUUCAGACAUUCAAGCUCUCCUACAGUAGUAAUGGAAUAGAUUUUGUUGAAUAUUGGGAUAUUCAGAAACCUGCAAAG